AGAGUCUUCGCUCCCUCACUCUUGGCCCCUUGAGCGUUCGUCUCCCCCACAACUCCAUCGUUAAAUCAUAAAAUGCGAAUGUCCGAUGUCGUCGACGACAUCGUCGGUGAGAUCAGCUAAUCGGACACGUUCGCUGUGCCACCAUCUACAUCAUCAACCGCUGCUCGUCUCUGGUUCGUCCACUGGCUCACCACCGAUCGGCGGUUCGAUGGAUGAAGGAUCUUCUGCGUCGACUUCUUCGUCGGCGACUGCUCGAGCGCUCGACAUGUUCAAUCGGCGAGGUUCAGUGCUUGCUGUCGUCAUUGCAGGAAAUACGGCCGCCGAUGUUCUUCCACCAAGCGCAGGAGUCCCAAAUACUUCAGCAGUUUCCUCUUCCAGUGGAGUUAUCAGUGCGGAUCAACCAUCAUCCACGAAUUCAGACAAUGAUACAGAAACAUUUAAUGAAUGGCGACCACCGUUUCCCCGACUAUCAGCAUAUCAAGAUUGUCUAUCUCUUGCCGCUGCAUGGGGACUUGGUAUGCAUCCAAAUGGUCUUGAUGACAAACCAACUGGAGCAUCACAAGCACAAUCACCAAGUGAAGAUGAUUCGGGUGAUGGGAAAUUUAAUGAAUUGCUUGCCAGUUGUCCAGCAUUUAGGAAUGAAUUGGGCUGGGAACCAACGCGGCGUUUUGCGCUCUCACGACACACAUUCGAUAUGGCUCACACGGAUGCGCACGAAUGUGAGACGUGGAUGCGAGAACAUUCAGCAUCGGAAGCUGGCAUUUUGGAAGACGUCUCCAAUGUAUAUCUCGGAGGAAGAUUGUGUGCUGCUAGGCAGCCGAAGACAGUUAUUGAACCACAAGACAUCGGGUCGUAUUACUAUCGGCACUGUUUUAUCUCAAAAAAUCACAUCGAAUAUCUUGGAAUGGAUGACAUCCUUGGCCCCAUCAGUAUCUCAAUGGUACGAGAAAUUGUUGAUCGGAAGGAAUCGUACUCGAUUUACAGAAUGAUUGUUCGAAUUUCAGAUCAAAAAACAAUUCGUGUAGCUGUUCCAGAGGAAGCACUCUCAACUCCAGAAGGAUCAGAUCGAGCAACUCGUCCUCUAAUGCGAGAACUUCUUGAAAUUGUGUGCCCGAAAAUAAGCUUUGGAAUUUUGAGACCAUCAAUUCAGUCACCGAGAGUUGAAGAGCUCAUUAUGAAGAUUGAUGAGCAACCAAUUUAUACUCGAUAUAAAGUUGGAAUAAUGUUGUGUAAAAACGAACAGAGUACCGAAGAACAAAUGUAUAAUAAUGAGUUUUCUACACCAUCAUUCGACGAGUUCCUUGAUUUCCUUGGUCAACGGGUUACACUUAAAGGAUUUGAAGCUUACAAAGGAGGCCUAGAUACACGUGGCGACACUACUGGAACUCAUUCAAUCUACUCCGAGUAUCAAGCUCAUGAGAUCAUGUUCCACGUUUCAACACUACUUCCGUUCACUCCGAGUAACAGGCAACAACUCUCCCGAAAAAGGCACAUUGGAAAUGAUAUGGUCACAAUCGUAUUCCAAGAACCUGGAGCGUUGCCAUUCUCACCAAUAACUGUGCGUAGUCAUUUCCAACAUGUGUUCAUUAUUGUUCGGGUUCACAACGAGUGCUCUGAAAAUGUGACAUACAGCGUGGCAGUCAGCAGAUCAAAAGAUGUUCCAGCAUUUGGACCGCCCGUUCCAAAAGGAGCAUGCUUCAGCAAGUGCGCGGAGUUUCAUGAUUGGUUAUUAACAAAAAUUAUCAACGCGGAGAAUGCUGUGCAUCGGUCAAAAAAGUUUGCUACAAUGGCUGCAAGAACUAGACGUGAAGCUCUACGCGACCUAGUCGAAAACUAUGUUGGACCUCAUCAAAAUGAAGGCGCCAGCAAAAUAGCCAGUCGAUUCCUAGGAGGAAGUGUGAAACGAAAAGAACGUCACAAUCCAAAGCCAACAAAUCACGUGAUGCGAGGAGCACUCUCGUGGCUUGUUGAUGUACAUGAUUACUCAACUAAUCAGAGAAUUAGCUGUGUACUUGGGGUUGCUCAAGAUUGGAUUGUACUUCUCGAAAGGCCAUCUGGCACUGUAUUGUUUUCGACUCCAACUCAUUCAAUUAUAGGAUGGGCAACCAGUGACACUGGACUGAAACUCUAUUAUGAUCAUGGAGACCAACUGCUUCUUCGUUGCUACUCUGAAACUUGUACCGACUCAGAGCUCAACGAGUUGAUCCGUCGUCUUGAAAAUGUCACAAAAGGCGAUGAAGCAAAGGAAGUUGUGCUUCGAAGGUUAAAGACAACAGAUAAUUGGGGAUUCCAUGUUCAAGAUGAAGGAGUUGUUACUGAUGUUGAAAUGUAUCAAUUGGCUUGGAAAGCAGGAAUUCGCCAAGGAAGUCGUAUUGUUGAAAUGGAUUCAAUGCCAAUCAGUACUUUAUCAUUUGAUAAGAUUUGCGAUCAGUUGGCUGUUUCUGAAUGUGUUCGUUUGCUUAUGAUUUCUCCAUCAUCGGAUGGAAGCCCCCGUCGUGGAUGUGAAGAUCCAAAUUGUCCAGCUGUAAAGGGAAUCGAACAGAUGCUGACUCCAGAUGCAUUCGCCAAGCAGCCAAUUACGUACCACGAGAUGUUCCGUCAGAAGAAGCUCGAGUACCCGACGAAUAGCGCGAGCAGCAGUCCGGCAUCAUCUUUCGACGAACGCACUUUCAGUUUCACAGCCACCAAAAAGACCAUUGAACAGCGAGCCAACAAUAUAUUCAGAUCAAACAAUCGUCCGAACACGUUGUCGAGUGCUAGCGUCCAUGACAACAUGUGCACGUUACUGAAUCCUCCAAAAUAUCUCAACAGAGCUCAGUCUGAUGAACAACUUCGAUCUCCGCUUAUGGACGAGCUUAAUCGAAAAGCACCACUCUCCGCACGCGAAUCUACAAAUGAGAGAGAAUCGAGUGAACUUGUUAGAAUUCAAACUCAUUUGGAACGUACUGUUCAGGAAAAGCGGGCACUUGAAAUGCUCGCACAACAACUUAAAAAGCAACUUAUUCAGGAGCGCCAGUCGCAUGACAACACAAAACGAGAAAUGGAACGCCUGAAAAAGAUGUACGAGAAAAAGUAAUUUCAAUUUAAUUUCUAACCUUUUUUGUGAUAGUUGGUUGUGAGCUAGUUCAUUUUUCUAAUAUAAAUUCUGUCAUUCUUUCCAUUAUUUCUUUCCCUUUUUCCUCUGAUCUCGUCUUGACCUUUUUUGUCAUUAUCAUGUAUCAUUCUUAUUGUGAUCAACUGUUUCUCUUCAUCCCAGUUCUAGUUAAAGUGUGUUCUUGAGCCUCCCCCUGCCCAUGAGCUCCAGUGCCAACCCUUUCUUCAUUCACUCAUUUAUCAAAAAUUAUUUCUUUUUAUUUUCAAAUUUAACUGUAAAAAAUGUGUUUUCCCAACUCUUCAAAAUGUUCAUUACCCAAUUAAUCAGCCAGUUUUUUUUUUCCGAUUUCCAUCCGAUAUGUGUUAAGAUUUGAUACAUCUUGUCAUUUUUGUACUGUAUCAGUGAACUUUUCAUUUUUUGAAUA